GUUUAUUGUCAAGUUGGCACUGUACUUGACGUCCAUAUAGGGAAUCGUUGACACCAUAGUCGCUUUAACUGAUAAUGAGCAUGGCCAAGAGUAUAUGUUUGCCGCUCUUGGUAUUUCUAUUAACGAUUUUUGCGGCUCAAGCUCAAACUGUUUCAGUUAUUAUUACGAAUAUUACUGCAAACGUCGUUUCUGGAGAUCCACUUAUUGAGCAUGUGAAUGCUCACCCCGUUAUUGCUGAGUUCACGAUUGGCACUACAGAAAGAAGUGAUCGCCUAACUGGAUCAAAUCUUUGGAAUUUGACCUUCUUCAUAGCCGAUUCAAGUGAAACUGCUGUGGCUGGGACGGAGGUCACUGCUACCUUAAGUAAUGCCAGUGUUGCAAUUUCUCCAGGAGAUACUUUUACACUGGAAGGAAGAGCAAAUUUAAACCUGGAUAGUAAAGAUUGUUCACUGCUUCCUAAAUUCUGUGCGACAUUAUCUGCUAAUCCGUCGGCAUCACCUGGUUUUACUCUUACACCGGACACAGGUUAUUCAACUACGAAAUGCAUCGAUAUGAGUUGUGAAGGUGUGGUUAUUACAAAUGUACUGCCUGCACAAACAGAAGACAGAUCCUUGAUCCAAGGUACAGACAACAUUGCCGUAAAUUUGACUGUUACCUUGUCAUCUGUGAGUGCAAGUUUUCAAGAUGUGUAUAAGAGAUCUGCUUUCCUUAAUUCAAAAGUUAAUGGAACAGGAACAAGACUACUAUACGCUGCUGUCGAUAUGUUGGAUUCAGCCGACUAUGGUAUUCAAAGAAAUGGAUUUGCAUUUUGGCCGAAGAUACAAGCAGACUUUGAUCUUACUGAUGUUAGCUGUACUGAUUUUGAUUAUGUUUGUGUGGAAGUACAAAAAAACAAUAACUCUGUUCCUGCCUUUACGCUCAGCUUUUUACCAAGUACAGCUGAUGUUGGCUGUAUUGAAAUAGAAUGCACUGGGCUUAAAAUUCUCAAUGGUGCAACUUUGACUGUUAAUGCUGUUUUCUUAGAAGAUCGAUCAACAACAGUUGAAUUUGAUGUUAGUUAUCCUACUGGUAUUGCUGGAGUUACUGGUAGCAAUCUUUGGGAAGUCAAUGUGUAUGCAAGUGCUAAUGCAGAUGGAAAUGGUACAAGGAUUAGUUAUGAGCAAGUACCUUUAUCAAGUGAGUUUAAAUUCCUCCCCUGCAAUAAUACUGCAAAUGCUGGAAUGGACAUAACAAAUGUUGGGGACUCGCUCGAUUUAUUCGGCCUAAGUGUAACCAUGGACUUCAGUGGUCACUAUUGUGCAGAUGGCAACAUAACGUAUUUGUGUGCAGUGCUGUCAAAAUCUGCAUCUGCUAUCCCUGAUUUUGAAAUCUUAUUACAGAAUAACAUAGUUUGUCAAACAGCACCUUGUACAGGUGUUGUCAUUGAUGGUGGUACUGGAAUUUUAGAUAGUGACAAUGAGAUCAAGGAGCAUUCACCAACUAAUGUUACAUUUGGUUUUGAGAUCGAAUCCAGUGCCUCAAGUGCAGUUCUGAGCGGAACAGACCUGUGGCAAUUCAAUGUGUUUGUCAGUGCAAAUCAGGAUGGCUCAGGAGAGCACUAUGGAGAAACUUUCGCUUCUCUAUCAGACGAACAGAAGAGCACCGCGAUAUCUACAGCUGGCUCAACAUUGGAGUUCACAGGUAUUGCGGCAUCAUUGGACUUGGCUGAUCUGAAGUGUUUUGAUGAUCCUAAUACCUUUUACUACCUUUGUGUUGAGUUCAUGCGGGAUCCUGCAAGUACCCCAACAUUUAGUAUGACAACAGUUUCUGGAAAUCCUCUGACACCCUACUGUGCCGUUGCAAAUUGCCGUGGUCCUGCAAAGUUCUCAGUCAAACCCAUUUCAAUAAAAGCUAAACUUUAUGAUGCAGUUAACCUUACUUGUGAUGUGUCUUAUUCAAAUGACUGGCAGUGGUAUAAAGAUGAUGUCCCACUUUCAUAUACGAACAAAAAAUAUCUUGUAACAGUUACAGCAACAAUUGAAAAUCAAGGUUACUAUUCUUGUAGUGGAUUUGGAGCAGGACCUUACACUAGUGCACUAUUUGAAUCAAACAUGGUUCUGUUAGUUAUAAAAGAUAUUUAUAUAUUUCCUGCGUCUUUGACAUUUAAUCGUGACUUUCAAGAAGAUCUUAAUGAUCCAUCAUCGACAGCUUUCAAAAAUCAGUCAUCUGAUAUUACUGAUUUUUUCAGCAGCAGUCUGUCAUUAAAUGAUGAGAUAAUAAUACAAGUACGUAGCUUCUCUCCUGGUAGUAUAAUUGCUUAUGUCAAUUUCAACGUGCUAAACACAAACAUUUCUUAUGAUGAAUUUUUGGAAAUUCUAACCCAAGAAGUAAUCAGAAUCGGGGAAAACUCAGAUGGAUAUUUGUUUCCUGAUAGCAUCGUGAUAAGCAGCACAGAAAUGUGUUACAAAGAAAACUAUGAUGGCUACACAUUCCCUGAUGCAAGAGUUGGAGAGACUGUAGAUUCAGAAGAAUUUUGUGAUGUGCAUUAUCUCCUUCCUCGCGCUACACGAACUUGUGAUGGCGAUGGAUUUAGUGCAGCCAAAUGGAACAUUCCCGUAAUGACGGACUGCGGAAAUGAUGUUACAACAGAACAACAGUUAGAACGUCUAAAUAUGAUAAAUGUCACCAUAGAUAAUGUUGAAGAUGUGAGCAACAAUGUACAAGACAUUACAAGUAAUACUGAAGGAAUUACUGUGGAAGCUUUAGAAUAUACCGCUGAAAUAUUGACAGAUAUACUCCAAACAAAUUCGAAUUCUUCUGAGGUAACUGAGUCUAUUGUUAUGGUAGUCGAAAACCUGUUCAGUGUCGAUGAGAAUAUUUUAAUACAAAGUCAAAUGGAGAACCAGGCACCUACUAGGAUUGUUGAGGUUCUUGAAGGUCAGUUGAGUAAUGUAGAACUAAAUGACGAAGGCAUUUAUGAAGAAAUGGCCCCCAAUCUUGCAGUUCAGGCUCAGAGGUUUGAUGUCAAUCAGUUCAGUCAAGAGGAUAUCACUUACCUUAGUUAUAUAUCAGAAUCUGAUGAGAACGGAGUAGGUAAUAUUGAAGUACUUGAGGAUCGAGAGGAAAUACCCAAUGCUGCCAAUGUGUCAAUUGCUUUACCAGUCAGCAUAUUUGAUGUCGUCAAGAAAAAUAAUAUGACAGAUUUCAGGAUUGUAGUGGUUGUCUACAGCGGCAGUAAAUUGUUCCAAUCAGCUCUCUUUGUUAACAACAGCCUAAGUCGCAGACCAAAUAGUCAAGUUAUAUCUCUUUCAGUGCCUGGAUUAGACCGUGUGGAAUUGCAGGAACCAGUUGUUACUACAUUUAUUCCUCUUAAAAUCAAUGACAGUAUCAUAAAUACAAUGUGUGUAUUUUGGGACUUUGAACUUGACGGAGCUGGUGGAUGGUCAAGUGAGGGCUGCACGUUUGUAAAUGAAUCUGCGGAUGGGAGACAUAGACAAUAUUGCGAGUGUUCCCAUCUAACAAACUUUGCUAUACUUAUGGAUUUUAAGAGGGUUGAUCCUCUCUCACCACCAGCUACAAUUGUGACUACAGUUGGUUUAAGCAUAUCAAUCAUAUGUCUUUGCCUAACAGUUCUUACUUUAGUAACCAACAGUUGUUUCCUAACCCUCAAGCGUAUGUAUUACGCUGUUGCAAUUCCUGUUGCUCUACCCUUACUUUUCAACACCUUAAUAUUCAUUAUGGUUUUACAUAGUUUAAGCCUACGUGGGACAAAAACAAAUGAUUCUACACUAAAAAAGCAGAAAAACAGAAACAAUGGGAUGAAAAUGUUACAGAAUGGAGUGAGCAUUACGUUGGUGUUGGGUUUAACAUGGAUUAUCGGCUUCUUCGCUAUUGCAAGCGGUAUACACUUAAUUAAUGAGGAGCUGAAAAGGGGGCUGGUCUCCGAUUGCAAAAGCAGACACUCCUUUGGCAAAAUGCUGGGCUCCAGUAGUUUCCAUUAUUGGCAAAUCCCUGGCUCCGCUACCGUGCGCUGCAAAGACAGUGACGGAAUAGGAAAAAGGCGAUGUCCCAACGUAUUUGUCAGAUGGCAUGAGAAAGCUCCUCCAAGAAAUAUAUGUUCAGGAAUCCGGGUUCAAUGCCCAUAA